CACACAUGACAGACAAAACAGCAGAUAAACACAACGAAUCGCCUUUGCAUCCCUGAAUACUAUGAAGACAGUUGCUCUGUUUCUGAUUCUGACCGGACUUUUGGGCCGUGCACAAGGCUGGGACAACAACUAUGACGAGCCUCUAAACUUCAACUGUCCUGCAGGCCAGUCAAUAUCUUCCAUUACGAGCGAAAACAGCAAUUACCAUGAAGACCGGCGUUGGGAAUUUGGCUGCCAAGCCACCUUUGGCCAGAGCGCAGAAUGUUACUGGACAAAUUACAUCAACGACUUCGACCAAGUGCUCCUCUUUGAGUGUCCAGCAGAACAUGUGAUAGCAGGAAUUAGCAGCUAUCACAACAACUACUAUGAGGACAGACGCUGGAGGUUUCACUGCUGUAGAAGUCCGUGUGUUACUACAAACUGUAACUGGAGCUCGUAUGUGAACUCUUUUGAUGAGUACUUCACCUGGACUGUGCCUUCCAGGAACGUUCUGGUGGGAGCUCAAAGCUACCAUCAAAAUUAUGAAGAAGAUCGACGAUGGAAGUACAAGGUCUGUGUCCAGUACAGAUGUUGAUUCUGAAAAUGCAAUAUUCUCUCGCAGUUCAUGAUGAAUAUUCUCUCAUGAUCCUCUGAAAUAAACGCAAGUUAAAAG